AUGGGAUUUGGGGCUCGUUGGAUGGAUUGGAUGUGGUGGUGUGUUUCCACUGCUAAAUUCUCCAUCUUAAUCAACGGGGUGCCUGCCGGUUUUUUUUCAAAUUCAAAGGGGCUGCGGCAAGGAGACCCUCUCUCUCCGUAUCUCUUCGUCUUGGGUAUGGAAGUUCUUAGUACCCUUCUUAGACGGGCUGGUGAGGGGGGAUUUCUUUCCGGCUGUAGGCUUCGGGGGAGAGGAGGCGUGGAGCUGGCUGUAUCCCAUCUACUUUUUGCUGACGACACAAUCAUUUUCUGCAAAGCUGAAAGAGAGCAAGUAACCAAUCUAAGCUGGAUCUUGGCGUGGUUUGAGGCGGCUUCGGGACUCAGAAUUAAUCUUGCUAAGAGUGCCCUAAUUCCCGUGGGGCAAGUGGAUGAGUUGGAGGAGUUGGCGGCUGAACUAGGAUGCAGAUUGGGGGCUUUACCCACUCUGUUUACCUUGGCAGGGCAUAGGAAUGCCAAAGUAAGUGAAGUAUGGGACUCUAGCAUGGGUCAAGGAGGUUGGAAUCUUAGAUUGGCUAGAGAUUUCAAUGAUUGGGAUCUGGACCAGAUAGGAAAUAUGCUGAAUCUGCUGAGGGAUUUCAGGACUUCUACUGAGGAGGAUGCUGUGAGAUGGAAAGGGGAAGGCAAUGGUGUUUUUGGGGCUAAGGGGGCUUACAAAAUGCUGGUGGGGUCCUCAGCCUUUUUCCUUGUUAUGAACACAACAUUUAUUUUCUGCAGAGUUGUUAGCCAGGUUGAAUAUCCCUCAUUGGUUGAUUUGCGGGGACUUUUGCUAGACCUAGUUGCUCAACUCCUUGGUGCUUUAUCUCGGAUCAGGUUUAGUUCUGUGACUGAACGUUUUUUCAUGGAACUCAAUACUCGUCGUAUUGACACUAGUGUUGCCCGAAGUGAAACACUUAGUAUCAUUAAUGGGAUGCGCUACCUUAAGCUUGGGGUUAAGACUGAGGGUGGACUGAAUGCAUCAGCCUCAUUUGUGGCAAAAGCAAAUCCUCUCAAUCGUGCUCCACAUAAACGAAAAAGCGAACUCCACCAUGCACUAUGCAAUAUGCUCUCAAAUAUCCUAGCACCACUUGCGGAUGGUGGGAAAAGCCAGUGGCCUCCAUCAGGUGUAGAACCUGCACUUACUCUGUGGUAUGAUGCUGUUGCACGAAUAAGAGGACAACUUAUGCAUUGGAUGGACAAACAGAGCAAGCAUAUAGCUGUUGGUUACCCUUUGGUGACUCUACUUCUCUGCCUUGGGGAUCCCCAAACCUUUGACAAUAAUUUUGGCUCUCACAUGGAGCAACUCUACAAGCAUCUUAGAGACAAGAACCAUCGUUUCAUGGCAUUGGAUUGCCUUCAUCGUGUUGUAAGGUUCUAUUUGAAUGUUCGUUCACAAAAUCACCCAAAAAAUCGUGUAUGGGACUACCUAGACAGUGUGACUUCACAACUCCUUACAUUUCUGAGGAAAGGAAUGCUUACUCAGGAUGUCCAACAUGAUAAACUUGUAGAAUUCUGUGUAACCAUAGCAGAAACUAACCUAGAUUUUGCCAUGAAUCAUAUGAUAUUGGAAUUGCUGAAGCAAGAUAGUCUAAGUGAAGCUAAAGUUAUUGGUCUCCGAGCUUUGCUAGCCAUUGUUAUGUCCCCUUCAAAUCAGCAUGUUGGCCUGGAAGUUUUUCAAGUUCUUGAUAUUGGUCACUACAUUCCAAAAGUGAAGGCUGCAAUUGAUUCGAUUAUAAGAUCUUGCCAUAGAAUCUAUAGUCAGGCUCUUCUUACUUCAUCACGGACCACUAUAGAUGCUGUCACCAAGGAAAGAUCUCAAGGAUAUCUGUUCCGGUCAGUGCUGAAGUGCAUACCAUAUCUGAUUGAAGAAGUUGGACGAAGCGAUAAAAUAACUGAAAUAAUACCUCAACAUGGCAUAAGUAUUGAUCCUGGUGUGCGAGAGGAAGCAGUACAGGUGCUGAAUCGGAUUGUGAGAUACCUCCCUCAUCGUCGGUUUGCAGUUAUGAAAGGGAUGGCCAACUUUGUCUUACGGCUCCCAGAUGAGUUCCCACUUCUCAUUCAGACAUCAUUGGGACGCUUGCUAGAACUAAUGCGCUUUUGGAGAGUUUGUUUAUCAGAUGAUAAACUGGAAUAUGAGCGCCAAGAUGCAAAGCGUCACGGAACCUUCAAAAAGUCCUCCAUGCAUCAUCCAAUAGAAGCAAUCGAGUUCCGUGCUUCUGAAAUUGAUGCAGUUGGUCUUAUCUUCCUUAGUUCUGUGGACAGUCAGAUUAGGCAUACAGCACUUGAGUUAUUACGCUGUGUUCGUGCUUUAAGGAAUGAUAUAAGGGACUCACUAUAUGAGCGAUUUGAUAACAAUUUGAAAAAUGAUGCUGAACCAAUCUUUAUAAUUGAUGUCCUUGAAGAAAAUGGGGAUGAUAUUGUUCAGAGUUGCUAUUGGGAUUCUGGGCGUCCAUUUGAUCUGAGACGGGAAUCUGAUGCUAUCCCUCCUGAUGCAACAUUUCAAUCUAUUCUAUUUGAGAGUCCUGAUAAAAACAGAUGGGCACGGUGUCUUAGUGAGCUUGUCAGAUAUGCUGCUGAGCUUUGCCCAAGCUCUGUUCAGGAAGCAAAGUUGGAGGUUAUACAGCGUCUUGCUCAUAUUACGCCUGCUGAGUUGGGCGGAAAGGCUCAUCAGUCACAGGAUACAGACAACAAACUUGAUCAGUGGCUCAUGUAUGCAAUGUUUGCAUGCUCGUGCCCAUUUGAUAGUAGAGAAGCUAGCAGCUUGGGUGCAGCUAAAGAUCUUUACCAUCUUAUUUUUCCCUCACUAAAAUCUGGAUCUGAGGCACACAUACAUGCUGCCACCAUGGCUCUUGGCCACUCACAUCUAGAAGUAUGUGAAAUUAUGUUUGGCGAGCUUGCAUCUUUCAUUGAUGAGGUUUCUAUGGAAACAGAGGGAAAACCUAAGUGGAAGAGUCAAAAAGCUCGUCGGGAAGAACUCCGAGUCCACAUAGCAAAUAUAUACCGCACAGUUUCUGAGAAUAUCUGGCCUGGCAUGCUAGGUCGUAAACCAAUUUUCCGUCUCCAUUAUGUGAAGUUCAUUGAAGAAACAACCAGACAGAUCCUAACAGCGCCCCCUGAGAACUUUCAAGAAAUCCAACCUCUCCGUUAUGCACUGGCUUCUGUUUUAAGAUCAUUAGCCCCUGAAUUUGUUGAUUCAAAGUCAGAGAAAUUUGAUCUUAGAACCAGAAAGAGACUGUUUGAUCUUCUUCUCUCUUGGUGUGAUGACACAGGGAGUACUUGGGUCCAAGAUGGUGUCAGUGAUUAUCGUCGUGAAGUUGAAAGAUAUAAAUCCUCUCAGCAUAGUCGAUCAAAGGAUUCUGUAGACAAACUUUCAUUUGACAAAGAAGUGAGCGAGCAAGUUGAGGCAAUCCAAUGGGCCUCCAUGAAUGCUAUGUCUUCGCUAUUAUAUGGACCUUGUUUUGAUGACAAUGCAAGAAAAAUGAGUGGACGAGUGAUAUCUUGGAUCAAUAGUUUGUUUAAUGAACCUGCACCUAGGGCACCUUUUGGUUAUUCACCAGCUGAUCCAAGGACUCCAUCUUAUUCCAAAUACACAGGAGAAGGUGCACGAGGAGCAGCUGGACGUGAUAGGCAUAGAGGUGGCCAUCUUCGUGUCUCCUUAGCAAAGAUGGCAUUGAAGAAUCUGCUUCUUACGAAUUUGGACCUGUUUCCUGCUUGCAUUGAUCAGUGCUACUAUUCUGAUGCUGCGAUAGCUGAUGGCUACUUCAGUGUGCUGGCUGAAGUCUAUAUGCGCCAGGAAAUUCCAAAAUGUGAAAUUCAGAGACUCCUGAGCCUUAUCCUAUACAAGGUGGUAGACCCAAAUAGGCAAAUCCGUGAUGAUGCCCUUCAGAUGCUUGAGACACUCUCGGUCCGCGAGUGGGCUGAGGAUGGUGGUGAGGGCUCAGGAAGCUAUCGAGCUGCUGUUGUCGGUAAUCUCCCUGACUCCUAUCAACAGUUUCAAUACAAACUCUCCUGCAAACUUGCCAAGGAUCAUCCCGAGCUGAGCCAGCUUCUUUGUGAGGAAAUCAUGCAGAGGCAACUUGAUGCUGUUGAUAUAAUUGCACAGCAUCAGGUAUUAACAUGCAUGGCUCCAUGGAUCGAGAAUCUCAAUUUCUGGAAACUCAAGGACUCUGGCUGGAGUGAGAGGCUAUUAAAAAGCCUUUACUAUGUGACAUGGCGGCAUGGGGACCAAUUCCCUGAUGAAAUUGAGAAGCUUUGGAGCACGAUUGCUAGCAAGCCAAGGAACAUUAGUCCUGUUCUAGAUUUCUUGAUCACAAAAGGGAUUGAAGAUUGUGAUUCUAAUGCAUCUGCCGAAAUAAGUGGUGCAUUUGCUACAUACUUCUCGGUUGCCAAACGGGUAAGCUUAUACCUAGCACGGAUUUGUCCACAACGCACAAUUGAUCAUCUGGUUUACCAAUUGGCUCAGCGGAUGCUUGAGGAAAGUGUGGAACCACUCAGGCCUAGUGCAAACAAGGGUGACACCAGUGGAAACUUUGUGUUGGAAUUCUCUCAGGGGCCUGUAGCAGCCCAAAUUGCAUCUGUUGUGGACAGCCAACCACACAUGUCACCAUUACUUGUACGGGGAUCUCUUGAUGGUCCACUCAGAAAUGCCAGUGGGAGCUUGAGCUGGAGAACAGCAGCUGUGCAAGGGCGAAGUGUCUCGGGGCCAUUAAGUCCAAUGCCUCCUGAGAUGAACAUUGUUCCUGUAACUGCUGGGCGGUCAGGCCAACUCAUUCCCGCUCUAGUAAAUAUGUCAGGACCAUUAAUGGGUGUUCGAAGUUCAACAGGGAGCUUGAGGAGCCGCCAUGUUUCCCGGGACAGUGGGGACUAUGUUAUUGACACUCCAAACUCUGGUGAAGAUGGGUUGCAUGGUGGUGUUGGAAUGCAUGGUGUUAAUGCCAAAGAACUUCAGUCAGCCUUGCAAGGGCAUCAGCUACACUCACUCACUCAAGCAGACAUUGCAUUGAUUCUACUUGCCGAAAUUGCGUAUGAGAAUGAUGAAGAUUUCCGGGAGCACUUGCCUCUGCUCUUUCAUGUCACAUUUGUUUCAAUGGAUAGUUCGGAGGAUAUUGUAUUAGAGCACUGCCAGCACCUGCUUGUUAAUCUGUUAUACUCACUUGCUGGGCGGCAUUUGGAGUUGUAUGAGGUUGAAAACAGUGAUGGAGAGAACAAGCAGCAGGUUGUUAGCCUGAUCAAGUAUGUCCAAUCAAAACGAGGGUGCAUGAUGUGGGAGAAUGAAGAUCCCACAGUUGUAAGAACUGAUCUUCCUAGUGCAGCUCUCUUGUCUGCUCUGGUUCAGAGCAUGGUGGAUGCAAUCUUCUUCCAAGGAGAUCUGCGGGAGACUUGGGGGGCUGAGGCCCUCAAAUGGGCCAUGGAGUGCACAUCAAGACACCUUGCCUGUCGCUCACACCAGAUCUAUAGGGCAUUGAGACCUAGUGUCACAAGUGAUACUUGUGUAUCACUCCUCCGGUGCCUCCACAGGUGCUUAGGGAAUCCAGUACCGGCUGUUUUGGGGUUCAUUAUGGAAAUUCUGUUGACGUUGCAAGUGAUGGUUGAGAACAUGGAGCCAGAAAAGGUGAUACUGUACCCCCAACUUUUUUGGGGUUGCAUAGCCAUGAUGCACACAGAUUUUGUACAUGUUUACUGCCAGGUGCUUGAGCUCUUCUCCCGUGUGAUCGAUCGUUUAUCAUUUCGGGACAGAACUAUAGAAAAUGUGCUCCUCUCUAGCAUGCCCCGAGAUGAGCUCGAUACAAGUGUGAGUGAUAUUGCAGACUUCCAACGAAUUGAAUCAAGGAAUACCAUUGAGCUGCUACCAUCUGGUGGGAAGGUGCCGGUGUUUGAGGGAGUGCAGCCUCUUGUGCUCAAAGGGCUCAUGUCAACUGUUAGCCAUGGUGUCUCUAUUGAGGUUCUUUCGCGGAUCACAGUGCACUCAUGUGACUCUAUAUUUGGGGAUGCAGAAACUCGACUUCUGAUGCACAUUACAGGUCUACUUCCCUGGCUAUGCUUGCAGCUCAGCAAGGAUCCUGUUGUGGGGCCCACUUCACCACUCCAACAGCAGUACCAAAAAGCAUGCUUUGUUGCUGCCAACAUCUCACUAUGGUGUCGAGCAAAAUCAAUGGAUGAACUAGCAGCUGUGUUUAUGGCUUAUUCCCGUGGUGAGAUCAAAGGUAUUGACAACCUUCUUGCGUGUGUCUCUCCACUAUUAUGCAAUGAAUGGUUCCCAAAGCACUCAGCUCUAGCCUUUGGGCACCUUCUGCGGCUUUUAGAGAAAGGACCAGUUGAGUAUCAGCGUGUGAUACUGCUCAUGCUCAAGGCAUUGCUCCAACAUACUCCCAUGGAUGCCGCUCAGAGCCCACACAUGUAUGCAAUUGUGUCCCAGUUAGUAGAGAGCACUUUGUGUUGGGAGGCACUGAGUGUGUUGGAAGCCCUUCUGCAAAGCUGCAGCUCAUUGACAGGAUCCCAACACGAGCCUGGGUCAAUUGAGAAUGGGCUUGGGGGGGCAGAUGAGAAGAUGCUUGCUCCUCAGACCUCUUUUAAGGCUCGGAGUGGGCCACUACAGUAUGCGAUGGGAUCAGGGUUUGGGGCAGGUUCGUCAGUAACUGCACAAGGGAGUGCAACUGAAUCAGGUAUGUCACCUAGAGAGUUGGCUUUGCAGAACACGCGCCUGAUCCUUGGGCGAGUGCUUGAUAACUGUGCACUCGGGAGGAGGAGAGAUUACAGAAGGCUGGUGCCUUUCGUGACCUGUAUAGGCAACCCAUAGCCUUGAUAAUCUGAUUUCUUACACAUGUAUCUUGAUGGAUUCUACAGAGGACGGCUUAGAGAGCUGCUUUGUAAAUAGUUAUCACAGAAUAGUGGUGGUUUUAGCAACUUAACCGUGUACUAUGUAUUGUUUGGAGCCUUUCCCCAAAAGUCAAGGCCUUGUAACAUUAUUCCCUUCGAGCUAACUAAUUGGGUUGCUGCUGCUCUCAGUGUGACUCACUGGUAUUGACGGCAAUGUAUUUUGAACUUGUAAGUUAAAUGCAAUUGACCAAAGCUGCAGAUGGAGCGAUAUAACGACUUGCAAAUCUGUUUGGUGCACCUACUGUCUUUCAUAAACAUGUUGCUUGCUUUUGAUUCAAUCCCACAAUUCCUCCCUGUCAAUCAGUGACGGUGGGUGAAACCAAACAAUUAUGCUGAUACCUUUGGUUUAUGACGUA